AUGGCAGCUUUGUACAACAGCGAAGUGAAGUGCGUCAGCGUGGAGUGGGACUUCCUUCAAGGCUUGCUGGUGAAAAAUCAGCCUGUGCCCUGCCUUCAGGCCCUGCGUAAGGAAAAAUCCCGCAAUGCAGCUCGCUCUCGCCGGGGCAAGGAGAACUUUGAGUUCUACGAGUUGGCCAAGAUGUUGCCUUUGCCCGGAGCCAUCACCAGUCAGCUGGACAAGGCCUCCAUCGUCCGCCUCACCAUCAGUUACCUCAAGAUGAGGGACUUUGCCAGCCACGGAGACCCGCCCUGGAGCCCACGAGCGGAAGGGCCAUCCCCAGCUGCCAAAACUCCCGGCAGGAGGAACGUGAGUGCGCUGCUGACUGAACUUUUCGAACAACACCUGGGAGGCCACAUCCUGCAGUCCCUGGACGGGUUCGUGUUUGCGUUGAACCAAGAGGGAAAAUUCCUUUACAUCUCUGAGACAGUGUCUAUUUACCUUGGGCUCUCGCAGGUGGAGCUGACGGGGAGCAGCAUCUUCGAUUACGUCCAUCCAGGGGACCACCCAGAAGUUGCUGAACAGCUGGGCCUGAAGCCUCCCUCAGACCGGCCCCCCCAGAAUCGCCACAAAGCGUCCGGCUUGGGUGCUGCUGGGCUGCCGGAGUCCUCUGAAUCAGAUCCUGCCAGCAAUUCUCCUAAAGAGGCCGACGCCCUGGAGCGCUCCUUCUUCAUCCGCCUGAAAUCCACUCUGACCAAGAGAGGCCUUCACGUGAAGACUUCUGGCUACAAGGUGAUUCAUGUGACAGGCCGCCUGCGCCCCCGCCUGCCCUCCUUCUCCCACACCCACUCAGUGCUGGGCCAAGUGAUGGGGCUGGUAGCCCUCGCUCACACCCUCCCCCCCUCCACACUCAGCGAGGUUCGCAUUGAGUGCCACAUGUUCGUCUUCCGGGUCAACAUGGACUUGCAGAUUGUAUACUGUGAGAGCAGGAUCAGCGAUUACAUGGACUUGGGCCCCUCGGAGCUGGUCGGCAAAAGCUGCUACCGUUUUAUUCACGGCGAGGACGUGGAGGGUAUCCGGCAAAGCCACUUGGACUUGUUAAACAAGGGCCAGGUGGUGACCCGCUAUUACCGCUGGCUGCAGAAGAAUGGAGGGUUUGUGUGGGUCCAAUCUUGCGCCACCAUCUCGGUCAAUGUCAAGAACCCGAGCGAGAAGAACAUGGUCUGGGUGAACUACAUCCUCAGCAAGCCCGAGUACAGAAACACAGCCCUGGACAUCUCCCAACUCCCUGGCGUUCCUGCGCGGCGGACAGAUGCUGCGGACGCAGGGCAGGAUUUCAAAGAGAGUGGUCUUGCCCCAGAGACCAGCCAAGGGAAGCGAUUCUCCCCCAAGGAACCAGGCCCCCUAGCUGAGGCCUAUUCAAGGAGCACCGCAGAGGCGGGGGCGCAUUGCCGCAUGCCCGAGACAGAUUCCAGCGACCCCGAGACCAGCUACAGGGAUGAGGAGGCAUCGGAGGACGCAGGUGGGAGCGACCUGGAAGGGCCACCAGGCAAGCGCAUAAAGCUGGAGUUCCCGGCAGAGAGCCCGCCCCAUGAAGCCAAGGAGGCCUCACUCGGCAGCUCCGAGGAGUCCGACAGCAGCAGUGAGGUGGACCUGGCUUUCCUCCCACGCCAGAGGGCACCACUGGGGAGGAAAGUGAACGGCUGCAAGACUGGUGGGAGAAGCAGCACAGGGCCCAGCCGCCCGUCCACGUCCGAGUUUGCCUCGGUCAUCCAGACCCAAAAGAGCGCCACUUUGAAAGCCAACACAGCAUUCAGUAUUAAAUCUGAACAGGCCCCAGGCGCCAAAGGGGUCCCUUGGACUUGCCCUGCCACCCACAAGGGCAGCCCCUACACUGUGAACAAAGCACUUAGCCUAGAGAAGCCUGUUUUGAGGCCAGCCUCUUCCCAUUUGUACGUCUCCAUCCCAGACUCGGUGCUCACGCCACCCGAGAUGGACAGCAGCGCAGGGAAAGGGCCUUUCGGCACCUCCCCCCGGGCCGUCCCAGCAGCGUCCUCCACGGCAGACACGCUCUCCCCGCCACUGUCCGGCUCUCCCUGUGAGGAAAGGGCCACAUCGACCCCAUUCACCCCACUGGUCUAUCCUGCCGAGAUGGAGGUGCUCCAGCGGUUCCAUGCAGGCAACGUGGUGCUGCCGUUGGUGCAUCAGCUCGGCAGCCCAAAUGCCAGCACGAUGGGGUCCCAGGGCCUCUAUACCACCAGCACUAUCCGCUAUGCCCCUGCCGAGGUGACUCUAGCCAUGCAGAGCAACAUGCUGCCCCCUGCCCACCCCAUCAACCUCAUGGACAUCAGCAGUGCGGAGGCCAAGACUUCUCGAGAACUCAUGUAUCACCACCUGCAACGGCUGAACAUGGUUGCGCCGUUUGGGAACUCCGCUGGCUUGGCCCAGAUUUCGGGGGGAGCAUUUGCGGCUGCAGACUCCUUGUUUUCCACCCUGCCCUUCUCUGUGGCUGGCAGCGGGGUUCACAGCACACCAGCUUUGGAACGCAAGGAGGACUGAGGUUGGAGUAGUGCACCUGGCGUGGGCACUCUCUCCUUUUACCAGAAAACCAGGGCCAAAUGCUGUA